AUGUCGGUGGCCAUCGAUCUGCUUGCAGGACUCCGAGGCCUCUACAAGGGGUACGCCUCGCCAACGCUGACGGUGGGCGUGAUGAAUGCUGUGCUCUUCUUUUCCUACGAGCUCGCGAGCAAGCAGUUGCGCGACCCUUCUGCAGAGGACGGCGCCAGCCUCUCACUGCCGCGAACGUUCGCCGCUGGCUCCACUGCUGGGGCCGCCAGCGCGUUGAUCACAGCGCCCACGGAGCUAGUGAAAUGCAUCGCGCAGACGAACUUGAAGAACAAGGGCACCAUGAGAGAAGAAUGGCAGAUUUUCCGCGCCAUGGUGCGCGACCAUGGUUGGCUUGGGGCCCAUGGCCCCUGCAGGGGCUUGGGGAUCACCAUCCUCCGCGAUACGCCGAGCUAUGGGCUAUACUUCACCAUUUUCGAAGCCAUGACCCGCAUCAUGGGCAAGUCUGACGUCGUGAGCUUCGUCGCCGGCGGUUGCGCAGGCGCUGCAGCCUGGGGAUGCAUCUAUCCGAUCGACGUCAUCAAAACGCGGUGGUCCACCGACCCUGCUGGAACCUAUAGCUCCUUGCUCCACUGCCUAAGGACCACUGUCCGAGACGAUUGGCGAGUCCUUUUCAACGGCUUUGCAGCCGCAAUGGCUCGCGCUUGGCCGCAGCAUGCCGUCGUGUUCUUCACGUAUGAGCUGGUCAAGGGCAGCCUGACAGAAUGA